AUGGGUAGUUACAGUGAUAACGAAGAUGAAUUUUUUGAUGCCUGUGAGGCGUUUGCUUCAAUGUUCGACUCAGGCUCCGAUUGCUCCCCAGAAGACUGUUCUACCUCUGGAUUCGACUAUGAUUAUUGGGUUGGGAAUCUGGAAAAGGGGAAUUGGAAUCUCGGAUUACAUCACGGGAUGUGUUCAGUUGUGGUUGCUCAUAUAGCUUUUUAUUUCAUUUAUUACCCAAACAUGGGAACACUUCUUGGUGUUGCUGUGAAGGGGAAACUACAGGCUUAUUAUAACCGGGCUAUUACCAUAUCUGAUAGAGCCAAACUCCAUGGAUGCACAAAGGAUGCUGAAGAACUAUGGAAACAAGUAACAAAGAAUUAUGAAAUAGCUGUCAAACUAAACUGGAAUAGUCGACAUGCUCUCAACAACUGGGGACUUGCUUUACAGGAAUUAAGUGCAAUUGUUCCUGCCCGUGAAAAACAGACUAUAGUAAGAAGUGCAAUCAGUAAGUAUGGAUUAGCAGAAGACACAUCAAGAACUGGAGUACCAGUUGUUGGGAAUGAGAUUCCUUUCAAUGAAUUAUACAGUCAAUCUACUAUCUAUAUAGCAUGGGAUGGAGAAGGGGAAACAUGUGUGAUAGAGGUGACAGUGAGUGGUGCAGGGAGUGAAAGUGAAGCAGCAAAGAUUGCACGUUCAGUGGUAAUUUAUGGUAGGGAUCCAAAUUGGGGGCAGAUAGCCUGUGCUGCAGGGUCAGCAGCUAGUAAUUACCUGAAAGAGGCUGGUGAUGCUCAUGGCACUGUCAAAAUUCAAAUAUCCAUAGUUGAACAAUUCGGACGGAAGGGAACAGAGGAAGAAUAUGAGGAUGAGGGGGAUUAUGAACAAAAGCUGCAUUCAACUACAAAUAAAAACUCGGUAUAAUUUAUACUUUUGUGUGGUACAUGUUUUUUUUUAACAUCAGUCAUGGAUAUGUUACCUGAAGUAACACCUCUUAAUCCUAAAAUUUAUCUGUAUGAGACAAGUCUUGAGCAAUUAAGAGUUGAAAGUUGUAAUAAACUCUUUUGGUUGACCUGUAUUUGAUUACACAUUAAUUUAAUUAGGCAGGUUUUGAAGUUUUUGAUGGAAAAGAAUAGUGUUAAUGUUCUUCAUAGAAAAGUAUGUUGGUAUUUUAGGAAAUUUGGCUAAUAAUUUAGUUAAUUAUAUAAAAACUGUUGAAAUGUUACAUUUGUC